GCGCGCGAUGGGGCUGCAACUGGGAACGGAGCAGCUCGGAACGUUUGUUGCCGGGGAGCCGGAGCGGUUCUGGGGACGGACGGUGGGGAUUGUCGGGGUGUAGCAGGUGUCAGGUCCGGGUCGCACGCUCGCUCACUCACUCACUCGGAGAUGGUGGGCAAGGAGCGGAGGGUCCGCCGCAGGCUGCACGCGGCCGCGGUCAAGCCGAACGUCGAGAGCCCGGCACGAAGCGAGCGCGAGCCGCCACCGCCUCUUCCUUCACCACCACGCGGGGGCGACAGGGAGGUCGUGAGGAGGGAUGCCGAUCAGUUACCUACCUCACUGUUUGUUGGAACAAGAAUUGAUCCAAAGACACUUAUUCAGAAUCUGGAUAUUGAUUCUAAGACUGCGGUGUCCAGUAGGAAAGGUGACAAGUUCCAAAUCUCCAAGAAAGAGAAAAUAAAGCAGCGACAUGAACGAUGGCUUCAGAAAAUUGAGAUGAUCAAACUGGCAGAACAGAAGAAGAAAGCCCAAGAGAAGCGCAAAGCCAUCCCUGUGGUGGGAGACAUGCAGCCACUUGCUGAUGCACUGCCGGAACUGACAGAUUUGAUCAGUGCUAAUGCUGUGGCUAAUAAAUCAAAGAGUUCAAAAAAGAAACCCCAAACAACACCUUACAGUAAGAUGCGGCAUGCUCAAAAACGGAAACUAAUAGAGGAGGAGGUAGCCAGGUUCCAAGCUAGGAUUGAGGAUACUGAAUUUAAGGCCAAUCCUCUCGCUGUCAUUGGUGAGCAUCUUCUCAAACGAAUGAGGCAGGAGGAUGAGGAUCUGAAGUAAAAGCUGAAGCUGUACUCCCAAGCCAAUCUGGAAAAUACCCUGAUUGUCACCAGUGAACAUUUGAGUCAUCAGCAAAUACUGGACCCAGAUAAAUAUUUUCCAGAUUUAUGCUGAAAAUGCUGAUUGUCCACAAUUUUACAGGUGAUGUACCUUUUGGAAAAGCUGAACUUACUUGCACUGUCCAGCUAAUGGAAACCUAAGAUCAGGCAGGAUUACCCAUUGGAUGUAGAGGCAUUGAAAAUGGGCAAGUAGGAGAAAACUCUAUGUUCUAUCAAAAAUUAUCGUAAUUAUUUCUGAAAACAUUUCUAAAAUAUUUUUGUUUAAAAAUAAUAAAGUUUAGUUGUUCCAAUUUAA